AUUCUCCUUAGCUUAAAGUUCAAGAUUAGCUCACUGUGAAUUCAAGAUCUCUGGCGCAUGUGUACUUUGUUUCCUAAACUGUAAAUGAUUGAUCGUAUUACGCACUGAGCUUCUGUCUCGAAGCUCUCAGAGAUGAAUGAGUCCACAGAGAAGACGCAAGAUGCCUCGGGAGCAGCUGAACACUCUCUGCUUUAAAAUGAGAGAAGGAUUGCCUAAAUGGAGAGAUGUUUUCACAUGGCAGCUGUUGAAGAUUCUGCUGAUGGGACAAGGCCUCUCAGCUCUGAUCUGUGGCACUGCUGUAACAUCACAGUAUCUGGCAUCCGUUUACUAUCUGAAUACCCCUAUGCUGCAGAGCUUUAUUAACUACACACUCCUGGGCAUCACUUACACCAUGGCACUUAUCUUCAGAAGAGGUGAUGGAAAUAUUUUGCAGAUAUUAAAGACAAAAUGGUGGAAGUAUCUAUUGUUGGCGGUGGCAGAUGUGGAGGCAAAUUAUGCAGUGGUGAAAGCAUACCAGUACACCACAUUAACCAGCAUACAGCUGCUGGACUGCUUUAUUAUCCCAGUUUUAAUGAUCUUGUCCUGGUUCUUCCUGAAGACCCGCUACAGGAUCAUUCAUUAUGCAGCUGUAGGCAUCUGUCUGGCCGGGGUGGGAGCCAUGGUGGGAGCAGACAUCCUCGCUGGACAAGACCAGGGAUCAUCCAGUGACGUGCUCCUGGGUGAUGGUCUGGUUUUAGUUAGUGCCACUCUGUAUGCCAUCUCUAAUGUGUGCCAGGAAUACACAGUGAAGAAUCUGAGCCGGGUGGAGUUUCUGGGGAUGGUUGGCCUCUUUGGGUCUAUUAUCAGCGCAAUCCAACUAGGGAUUCUAGAACAUAAAGAAGUGGCUAACAUUCAGUGGACAUGGGAAAAGGCUCUUCUCUUGUCUGGAUAUGCGCUCUGUAUGUACGGCUUCUAUAGCUUCAUGCCUGUGGUGAUAAAAAGGAGCAGUGCCACAGCGGUUAACCUUUCCUUACUCACCGGAGACCUCUUCAGCCUGUUCUUUGGGCUCUUUUUGUUCCAUUAUAACUUCUCAGGCUUGUACAUCGUGUCGUUGGUGGGAAUCCUCAUUGGGUUCAUCAUGUUUAACACCGUUCCGACGUUAAGCAGACUUUCUGACCCGCUGUCUGAUGAAGAAGGUGUUGACAAUCACACAGCGGACACUGACAACAACAGUAUUGAAGGCUGUGAGGGAGAGAUCAGCUGUGCACAUGCAGAGCAGAGAGAAACACCACCAGCAUGUGCCGUCAUAAACAGUGUCAAACUCUAGUCUCCAUCAAUUCUGUUCACUUUUCAUAGUUUUUAAUAUAAUGUUAUGUUAACAUCAAACAAGUGACAUUGCACACUGAGUGCAAGUAAAUGUUUAGAAAAGCGAUCACCAGUACUGGCCUGGAGGGCCAGUGUCCCUGCAGGGUUUAGCUCUAACUUGCCUCAAACACACCUGCCUGGGUGUUUCAAGU